AUGAAGGAUGUAGAAGUGUUCAUAGGUCCCUCAACAUUUGAAAAUGUCUGCCUUGGUGUGGCAUUUGAUACACCUUGUGAUAAUAAUCAGUGUCAAAAUGGCGCUUUGUGUAUUAACUCUGUGAAAGACCAUAGCUGUCGCUGCCUAGCUGGAUACAGUGGACAACACUGCGAAGUGACCCCAUGUUCAUCAGGUCCUUGUACCAAUGCAGGCACCUGUAGUAUAUCUGGAUCAACGUACACUUGUACAUGCAGACAAGGAUAUUAUGGAACGCAAUGCCAGUUGACCCCAUGUUCAUCAGGUCCUUGUACCAAUGCAGGCACCUGUAGUAUAUCUGGAUCAACGUACACUUGUACAUGCAGACAAGGAUAUUAUGGAACGCAAUGCCAGUUGACCCCAUGUUCAUCAGGUCCUUGUACCAAUGCAGGCACCUGUAGUAUAUCUGGAUCAACGUACACUUGUACAUGCAGACAAGGAUAUUAUGGAACGCAAUGCCAGUUGACCCCAUGUUCAUCAGAUCCUUGUACCAAUGCAGGCACCUGUAGUAUAUCUGGAUCAACCUACACUUGUACAUGCAGACAAGGAUAUUAUGGAACGCAAUGCCAGUUGACUCCAUGUUCAUCAGGUCCUUGUAGAAAUGCAGGCACCUGUAGUAUAUCUGGAUCAACGUAUAUUUGUACAUGCAGACAAGGAUAUUAUGGAACGCAAUGCCAGUGUGCCGGUCGCUGUUUUGUCAACUUCUUCUACUACAGAGAACUGGACUUGUGUUUCAAUUUUGGACCACCUAUUCCAGUAAUCGAUGUUUAUAAAGAGUUCGCGUGUAAAGGAAGUGAGCUUAUGCGUAUCGAUUCUGACGCAAGACAAGAUUAUAUCAAGCUAGUUACAGAAUCAUUUGCUCAAAGGUCAAUCUAA